UCGGCCCACAAUUCCCAUUGGAAGAAGAGGAGGGGCGUUGGGGAACAGAGGACGAUAGCGAGGUCGCCGGAGAGAGAGAAAGAGAGAGCGCGCGGCGAUGGCGUCCGGCUGGGGAAUCAACGGGAACAAGGGGCGGUGCUACGACUUCUGGGUGGACUUCAGCGAGUGCAUGAGCCGCUGCCGCCAGCCCAGCGACUGCGUCCUCCUCCGCGAAGACUACAUGGAGUGCCUCCACCACUCCAAGGAGUUCCAGCGCAGGAACCGGAUUUACAAGGAGGAGCAACGUCAGAUAAGAGCUGCAGCUCGCAAAGCCAAGGAGGAAGCUGAGGGAACCCCUGCCGUUACAGCUCACCACUAGCGCCCCUUUUAAUUCUUUUUCUGUAUGUUUUUUGUUUGCUGUGAGCAUUUCUUUGGCUGGCUGUGAUGCUAUGAGCAGUGCAAUAAGUCUCCACAUUACUGUUGGACUACACAGACUUGUACACCUUGCACUUCAUGACUUCCAAAUCUUGAGUUAGCCUUUGUGGUGAAGUUUGUCCAGUGAUAAUGAUGCUUAAUUCAAUCACAGAACUUUUUAACAUUCAUUUCUAAUCUUCAUGAUAAUUUACUGGAA